GUCGUCGACUGCUAGACCAGACGAAAAGUGAAGGGCAAUUGUUAUAAUUUCUCACGUUCGGAUCUCGUGAGGAGAGUCACAAUUUUCCUUGAAAAUGAGCUAAUAGUAGGCAUUUCUAGGUUAAUUCCAGAACUAAUCCUAAAAAAUUGGGACAGUUCUGGCCUGUAGCUAGUAAAUAAUUUAUUGUCUUGGGUAAGCAGUUUAGUGUGCUGGUGUAAGGGUUGGUGUUUGGUUUGUUCUGUGACUUCAAAUAUUUGAAAUGUAUAGUCGAUAUAAAAAGUUAAAAGAUGUGCUAUUUGGGCGGUAUUUGUGGGCUACCAAUACUGUUAGUUGUGGACUUCUUCUAACUGCUGGAGACAUCAUUCAACAAAAAAUUGAAGUGUACACCAACUCUAGUCAAAGCAAUGGUGCAAUUGAUGUUGACCGAAUAGGUCGAAUGGGAACUGUUGGCCUCGUUCAAGGAUUACCAAAUCAUAUUUGGUACACGUGGCUUGACCGUUUUCUACCAGGCAAAUCUCUGAUGACGGUGGGUAAAAAAAUCGUCGCAGAUCAAGUUAUCUGUUCCCCCAUAUCUUCGGCUUCGUUCUUUGUUGGUGCCGGUAUGUUGGAGGGCUGUUCAAUGUCGCAAGGAUGGGAGGAAUACAAAUCAAAGUUUCUGUUAGUGUAUAUUACUGAUUGCAUCGUAUGGCCACCGAGUCAGUUGAUAAACUUUCUACUAGUCCCGGCCGUCUAUCGUGUUCUCUACGUCAACGUGUUUACCGUAGCCUGGAACGUGUUCCUAUCUUACGCUAAACAUUUUGAUCGACUGAAAAUAAACGAAAAUGCCGAACUAUACCCUACCAGCCACAAACGCAAAGAAUUGUAGAUUAAAAUCUCACAAAACUGUAGACAUAGUUGUAUUUAUGUAAAAAUGCAUAACGCAAGCGCCUGACGAAUACACAAGUGACAAUUGGCACAUGUGCAAUUGGCAAAAGUG